AUGGCUGCUCGUUCCCUUUUGAUUGCUGUAAUUGCUGCUGUAUUGGUUGUCAUGACAAUGGCUGCUCCUGCUAACGUGACCUCAACUGCUCAACCUUCUGCCGUUAAGACAGCUGAAGUUACCUUGCAAACUUCCCAAGUCUCUUCUGCCUCUGCAAAGCUCUCUGCUUCUGUCAAGUCCUCUGCUUCUGUUAGACUCUCCACUGCUGCACCCAGACCUACAAAGACUGCUGCUUAUUCCACCCAAGGUCUCCCUGCUAGCAUUUUCCCCAGCAACUCCUAUGAUUUUGCUGAUACCCACCCUCUCAAUGAUGGUAGAAAAACUCUCAGCCUUCAAGCUUCUGCUACUGGCUCUGAUUAA